UAAGAAGUAUGUUUUAUAGUUCAUCAUUUGUAUAUAAACGAACGAUUAAAUAUUAAAACAUAAUUAUUAUAAUAAUUGCGGUCUAGUGACACAGUAGUGCAGAAUGGUUGACUGUUUUAUUUAAAUAUCUAUUAUUUUAUUUAUUCUUUUGUAAGCUACGCAUAAAUAUUACUAUUGAGUAGUAUUAAACACCUGUUUUUUAUGGUGUUCUGCUAAAAAUAAACACUCAAACAAUUUAACAAAAAAUAAGUAAAAACAAUUUUAAAACUAAUAGAAAGAAGUUUAGCAGAAAAAAUGUCGGUGUACAAACUCACAUACUUCAACUUUCCUGCACUGGCAGAACCUAUUAGAUUUCUCUUGGCUUAUUUAGAAAUUGAUUUUGAAGAUUUUCGGUUCGAACGUGAACAAUGGCCAUCAAUCAAACCCACAAUGCCAUUCGGAAAAGUUCCAAUUUUAGAAAUCGAUGGUAAAAUAUUGAAUCAAUCAAUAGCCAUAUGCCGCUAUCUAUCAAAAAAGUCUGGAUUAGCAGGUGGCGAUGAUUGGGAAUCUUUAAUGAUCGAUAUUGCUGUUGAUAAUGUUAAUGAUUUACGACAAGCUUUAUCGUUACAUGCAUUUGAUCCAAAUGAAAAAUCUAAAGCUGAAAAAUAUGUAACUUUAAUAAACGAAACUAUUCCGUUGUAUAUGAAUAAAUUUGAAAAUACUGUAAGUGAAAAUGACGGAUAUUUUGUAAAUGGAAAGUUGUCCUGGGCUGAUAUAUACUUUGUAGCUUGUUUAGAUUUUUUGAACUUUAUGGCAAAAGUGGACCUUUUAGAGAGCCGUCCAAAAUUACAAGCGCAUAAAAGAAAAAUAUUGGAAAUACCUCAAAUUAAAUCAUGGGUCGGCCAAGCAAAAAGACCUGCAUUCUCUAUGUGAUGUGUCAAAUUAUAACUAAUUUUGGGAUUUUACUGUUAGUUCCAACAUGAACCUGGUAAUAAUGAUUUUAUACGAAUAACGUAGAAUGUUAUAUCAGAUUUGAUCUAAUUUGUCUCGAGACAAAUUAAUAAUUUUGUAAUUUGUUCUUACCCGGUUAAUGCGAGAUGGAUGCACAUCUGGUACUACUGUACUAGAACGUUUAUAAUGGCAUUUUAUUUAUUUAAGUUUUGUAUCUAUUAUAAUAUACUUAUAUCACGAAUACGUA